AUGGAAAAGGGAAGCAGCUCACGGGGGUCCGAUGCGGAAGCAGUUCGCCCCAUAUGGUGCAGCAAUCCCUUGUGGGAUGUGGAUCGCCUGCUAGACAAGAAGAAGAGAAGGAAAGCAGUACAAGUCGGAAGAGGAGAAAUACUUCUUGUUGCUCGAGAAUAUGAGGAGAAUAGCUGCAGCAGUGAUGGGAAUACGAUCCGCGUGCAAGAAUCGUUGAUAACAAGCUUGGGAUGGCUGAGACGGGAAGAUGCUUUAAGGAUCUUGUCUGGACUUGGUUACCUUCGCGACCCAACGAAAGCUCUACAUAGAAGCAUGCAGGACGAAGCCGGCAAGGCUGCAGAUGCCCAAAGAAGCGUCGCACAGGAGAUCGACGGACAGGAGGAGGACGGAAGCGACCCCAUUCUCACUGGAUUCAAGUGGUUUCUUGUCAGGAAGGAAGCGCUGGCAGUGGUGACGAUCAUGCGGCAGAGCAGCAAGUUCAACGCGUCCAUGCGGGUGAAGGGCGAGCACGAGCUGCUGAAGGGGUUCAUAGAGAUCCGCUCCAGAAUCUCUCCUUGGAGGGUGAGCAAGAUAUCCAAGAUCCUGUCUCCCUUCAUCGAUGUGAUCAUGUCGCCCGACACCACUGGCGCCAUGACGAGCGCGGCGCUUUCUGCAUGCGAGAAGUUCAUAGUCAACGGGAUCAUCAUGGCAGGAGGGCAGAUGGAGCAAGUGAUCGAGGGGGUGCUCGCCUGCCAGUUCGAGCAGAGUGACCUGAGCGGUGACGAGGUUGUCAUUAGCCAGAUGUUCCAUGUGCUGGUGUGUGCCAUGGAAAGUGACUUGUCGGAGAAGUGCUCCUCCGAUCUCAUCCUCGAGACCCUUCAGACUAUCUUGCGGGUGAGCAUGGAGCUCAGGUUCUCCGAGAUGCUGAGGAGGCAGGCGGAGAAUGCCUUCUCCAGGAUGGUACAUGCCCUCUUCUCCCGCCUCCCCCGCUUCCUCGACUCCCUCCCCAUCACAUGCAGGAGGUUCAAGCAGCACAUCCUGAGGACGAGCCUGCUCGCCAGUCCGAGCCCGAGCAUCAAGAUGUCGGAGGAGAGGGAGUUCUCCUCCCUUCCCUCGGUGGUCUCCUGGCUCCUCACUCCGUCCAGGGCCAAAUCAGCUCCCAUCCCUCAGCCCGACUUCAAUCGCGGCGGUCAAGCCAGCGAGCUCUGCGUGGAGGAAAGUAGCACGUCCGAAGUGAGUCCGAGCAUAGACAAGCAGGAGGAGUUUCUUGCCAAGGUCAUCGCCAUCGUAGCUGAGCUCAUCGAGCCCUCGGAGUCUCGCUCAGACACUCUGAGAUGCCUGGCUCUCUCGCUUCUCAAUUUUGGGCUGGCGCGAACAGCCCUGGACCCAACAGUAGAGCCACACAUCCUAGCGGAAGUGAUGACCGUCGUCCACUCCAUGUUCGUUCACCUUCGGGACGGCCUGCGGCAGCAGCUAGAAGUAAUGAUCUCCAAACUUAUCCUGGCGAUCCUCGAGGACCGGAUGACGUCGGACGCGUGCAAGGAGGUUGUGUUGGAGGCUAUCGGCGACCUCUGCCUGCACGGGAGCUUUCUCUCGGACAUCUACGUCAACUACGACUGCUCUCUCCACAACCGCAACCUGUUCGACAAUCUCACCAAGUCUCUUUGCAAGCAAGCCUUCCCCUCCUCCGGCCUUCUCCUCUCCUCCCACCUCAUCGCAUUCCGCGCCAUCGUCUCGGGCCUCCAGGGCAUCAGCUCGAGGAUCUCCCGUCGUCUCCUCCAGCAGUCGCCGGACAGGCAUGUGAGCGCCGCUGCCGGGAUCCUCUCGCAGAAGCUCUCGAAGCAGAAGCAGAUCAAGAGAAGAUACCUGAUGGCUACUGAACAUUUCAAUCGAGACGUCAAGAAGGGCCUUGCGAUGCUCACCAAGAGCGGUCUGCUGCGAAGCAAGGACGAGGGAGGUGCGAAGGACUUGGCGAUCUUUUUUAAGGCUGGGCCGGCGCUAGGGCUGGACAAGCGCAUCAUAGGCGACUACAUCGGAGAGAGGGAGGAGUUCAACCAGGAGGUGCUCCGCGAGUUCACAAAGUUGUUUCAGUUCCACGGGGAUACUGUAGAGCAGGCGCUGCGGGUGUACCUGGAGAGCUUCUUGCUGCCAGGAGAAAGCCAGAAGAUCGACCGCAUCACCGAGGCAUUCGCACAGAACUACUUCGAGCAGCAGAAGACGGGGAGCGAGGAGGGAGGGCGGGACGGGGGUCAGGAUGGUGGGAUCUUUCAUUCCUGGGAUGCAGUUCAUAUCCUGACCUUCUCGAUCAUCAUGCUCAACACCGACCUGCACAGCCCUCAGAUCAAGAAGAGGAUGACGCUAGAGGAAUUCAUCAGGAACAACCGCGGCAUCAACGAAGACAAGUCGCGCGGGCUGCGGGAGGAUCUCCCGAGGGAGUUGCUCGAGAAUAUCUUCUCCUCCAUCGCCUCCAACGAGAUCCGUCUGGACUCCAAGCACGCACAGGAAGCGUCUUCCUCCUCUCCCUCAUCCUCGUCUGCCGCCUCUGCUGCCGCCUCCAACGUAGCUGCCGUGGAGAGGGCGCUGCAGCUGGCGGAGAGGAGGGGAGGAGGCGAGGGCUACAGCCGAGUUGGAGAUCUAGGACUGCAUGACGAGGAGAUGAUCCUCAGCGUGUGGGGGCCUGUCGUCUCUGCCACCUGUGUAGUGAUGGAGAGCGCGAGCGACCCCAACGCCAUAGACUGCGUCUUCGAGGGAGUGGAGGUUCUAGCCAACGUCACUGGUCAUCUCAAGAUAGUAGAGGCGUUGGAUUACCUGGUGGUGGUACUGAGCCAGCAGACAAGCCUCUCCGCCCCGCUCCUCUCGUCUCCCAGCUCCUCCUCCCUCCUCCUUCUUGGAAGCUCCGAGAAGGCCCAGCGGUCGCUCCUCAACCUCAUGCGCAUCAUCGCCGAGCAUGGCGACCACCUGCGAACGUCCUGGAGCAAGGCGGCCGAGUGCCUGGUUACCAUCCUUUCCUGCGACCUGGUGAGGGUUGAGUUUGCAAGCAACGUGCGGAGACGGAGGAACGGGGAGGAGAGAAGGGAGAGCAAGGAGAGCAGGUCCUCCGAUGGGUUCUCCGUCUCCUUCGCCCCGCACGCGUCCCCGAAGCCUUCGGAUUCAAGUGUCAGAUACUAUAAUGCAGCCCGAGAGACGAUGAAGGGGAUAAAGCUGGAGUCGGUCAUAGGCAAGCUCGUAACCCUCGAGACUUGCUCCCUCCUCCCCCUCGUCAACGCCCUCAUCCCCAUCGUGACAAAAAAUGCGGCCGAGGUUGAGGAGGAGGAGGACAAACAUUCAGUAGACAAGAGCGGGAGGAGGUCGACUAGAGAGUUGCAGAAGAGACAAGUCACUGCUCUCAAACUCCUACUCUUCCUCGUCAACAACAACCAGCACCGCAUCUCCUCCUUGUGGCCCUGGAUCUUUCACGGGCUCUCUCCUUCGAUCGAAAAUGUUUCGACUCCCAAGGAGCUAGUAGACAUGAUGGUAGUCGGCCUGCUGCAGAUUGGGAACAACGCGAUCUCAACGAAGCCGCAAGUGAUUGGAGAUGUUGUUGGAAUCCUUUGGCUCAUGAACAACUUGACCGAGGAACUAUUUUCCAGCUUGGCAGACGAGAGCAUGCCGCAUCUCUUCACCAUCGUUCAGAGGAACCUGUCUGCUGUCAGGGCCGGCAAGCUCUGCGAUGCGGUUGUAUCGGUGCUCGAGCGCAUGUGCCGAUACCCGUCGACCUCCACCCUCGCGCUGGAGGCGCUGGCGAUGAUAGUCCUCGACGAGUCCAUGAUGGCGACGGCGAACUUUACUAGGAUAGUCAAGGCUUGUGGUGUGUUUGCUGUCUUCAUCGCAAACGACGACUUGUCACGCAAGGUGAGGAAUAUGAGCCGAAGCAUCGGCUUUCUCCUCCUCCUCCUCCUCCUCCUCCGUCACAUCCUUCUCUUCCUCUGCCCUUUCAGCUUCCUGUCCGUCGAUCUCAUCUUCGCGAGCUAUCUCAGAGUUCUCUCCCUCGAGAAGCGUCGAGCAUGCGGCUUCAAGGAGGACCUCUUCCUCCUCCCCGAAGGCAACUCAACCUCUCAGUCAACGCACGCGCUCUGGAUGCAUGUAGUGGAGACGAUGCACAAAGUUUGCCUGGAGUCGCGGUCCUUGAGAGACAGGAGGGACUACGGGCUCCUCACCUACGAGAGAAUCGUUCUCUCGUCGUUUCUUGAGGAAGUCAAGGAUCAGCAAUGGGUGCGUUUCUUCGAGCAGGUUCUCGUCAAGCUCGUGGCAGAGAUGCUGGACGAGGUGGAGGACAAGCCCUGCCCUAACUUAGAGAAGAACAUCUUUCGAGCAUGGAGCCUUUCUUGCCUCGUCCUGCAAACUCACUACAGGAGGAUCUCAGAUGCUGGAUACUUUAUGCAGGUAUGGGAGCUGCUCAAGGUCUCCACGGAAAGCUACUUCAAGCGCAACAGCAACCCCAUCACCACUGACUGCGCACCUCACCAUCUCAGCGCUCUCCUCGAGACGCUGGAAGGGGACGAGGAGUUCCAUGGCAAGAACUUGGAGUUGAUCGACGAGCUGUGGUCAGGUAAGGGGAGGACAGAGGAUGGAGCGAAAGAGGAUGACGAUGAAGCAGAGACUGAACGUAUUUGUCCGUCUAUCCAUCAUCACCACAAGCAGAUCAAACGGGUUCGCUCUUUCGUGCCUGAUUUGCACAGCUUACAGGAAACUCUCCAUAACGUGACUGGCCACUAG